AGCAUGGUACUGAUUAUAAAAUCAACCAUCAUUAUUGCUCGAGCGGCGUACUUAACGGCAAGCAACGCAAAUUUAACACGAGCUUACCUGUGCAACCCACCAUCACAUGGUGUAAUUUCAUUAAUCCCGCGCGCAAGAGAUUACCGAAAAUGUUUCGAAUCUUGUGGAUUAUUUUCGCCAUUUUGCCCUGCCUUGCAUCGAAGACAGACCAGUCUGAACAGCUAUUACCAAGCACCGAUUGCCACUACAUCGAUUUAAAGUUAGUUUGCGUCAACAGCCGCGCUCUGUUUCCCUCAACUUUCUCAGUGGAGCAGAUCCCCGAAGGAAUUACCCGACUGCAUCUGGGAUGCGCUGCCGUCAGAGGACACCAUUGCAACAUCUUGGAGACGAAUUUCCAACCACUGCCAUAUCGGGCCAACCUGACAUCGGUGUUUAUGCUCAGCGUCGACUCACCGGGGCACGACAGGAUCCCAGUUCCUCAGUUUCUGCACAAUGUUAAGGCCACCAUAGAAUAUCUCACUAUACAAUACUCGAAAAUUAGUUUCCUUGAUGCAGCUUUCUUGGACGGAUUUUCGGCUCUGCAAUAUAUCGAUUUUAGUUACAAUGAUAUUACAAAUAUUGACGUCGGGACAUUUCAUCCACUGACGUAUCAGCCAGUGGGAUUGGUGCUAAGCGACGAUCAGUUCAAAAUUCUGAACGGACUCCAGCAAAUUGAUCUCACCCAAAACCGGAUCGAGUCGUUUGACUGGAGCACACUUAAACCGAUAAAGAACACAUUGCUCGUCUUGCGAUUAAGCAACCAGACCCCAAAACUUCAGACUCUUUAUCAGAGCGGAAGUGUCUUUUCACACAAGCUAUACGAUCUCCGUUUGGAGGGCAACAAUUUGACCGGUGUUCCAGACCGGAUUUUACGCUCUAUCCAACCGUACGACGGCCCAACGCAUUACAACUUUGCCGGUAAUCCGUUUUGCCCUGAUCAUGCUGAUUGCUCAUGCUGCGAAAUGGAAGCUUUUGUUGCACGGAUGCACGACAUUGUGAAAGCAAGCCCGACUAGUGACACGAUAUUUUCUUGUGGAAGCAAAACUCAGCUGACAGUAUACGUUAACACAUCGCUUCCAUCGCUAUCCCUGUACGACAAAUGUGAACGAGCCAGUAUAGCAUCUGCGACAUGUCAAGACCCAUCUCCUCUCGUGAUUAGCUGCAAAAACGGGUAUAUCACUUUUUCCGAAACGGAUUUCCGCAAAACCGACGCGACAAUGGCAGUCUUUCACGGCGACAAAACGCAGCAGUGCCGCAUGAUUUUGCACGAUGCGUUCCAAAACCUCGUCGACAUCUCCACAUUCCACAUCCACGCGAAGCCCAACAGUCCCACUGGUCGCGACCGUAUCGAAGCACAGUGUAUGCAGGGAUCCAUCCGUCUGGAGGCUCACGAAGAGUACUUCGACGAGGACGAAGAAGAUUUCGAUCCAACUCACUUCACCGCCACAUCCCUGACCUUUGAAAUUGAUACCACCUACAACUGUCGGCAGCUAUUGACCAAGUUCUUGUUGGCACUUCACGAGUUAACUGAAACCGGAGAGAAAGUGAGCAGUAUCGCCGUACCUCUGGUACCGAUCGAACAAUGGUUGAGGUCGUCGCUUGUAUGUUCCAAAGAUCAGCCACUGCAGCUGAAGUGUCGCAAUGGAAAUUUAGAUUUCCCGCUCAAAACAUAUCGGCGGACAACAGCAACCAGCUUCAUAAUCCAAAGCGAUGGCGGCCCGGGGUGUGACGCACUUAUGUCUAACAUGUACGAUCAUAUUCUGCUGCAGCGCCAGGUCCUUGUUCUUCCGCCUGAACAUGAUCCCUAUCCCGAUGGAAUUGUAGUUGUGUGUCAGAAGGGCCUUCUUCUCAUUUCGGAACAGCAUCCCCACUUUUCGGCAAAGAAAGAUUUACACAUUUACUCAGCCCCUAAUCAGUUAUGCUGGGAGAAAUACAUCCAGUUCUUGGAUUAUCUAGGAAGUCAUGCGGCCAUAACCAAGGAAAUUUAAAAAGUGGAAUUUCUCUACCGCAUUCUACGUACAAGCACUUAUCUUGAGCACUGCUUCCAAGGUGUUGUCAAGACUGUCUGAUACUGAAGUAAAUGCUGCUCUAAAAAUGACAACUCAAACCGAUGGUAAAGUUUUUUCUAUUUGCCUACUCUCUACGACUGACGAAUAAAAAUGGUUCGGUGCCAUAACCGGUCCGGCAUUACGUCCCA